AUGAAUAUAAUUGACGCUGUGGGUAAUACUACUGGACUUGCAAUUAAUACCGUCUCCAAUUUGAUCAAUGGCAAGGAGACCUACAGCGAUAAGUUUGGAAAAAACAAUCCAUAUGGCUCGUUUGCUCCAACGAGAGAAAAUGUCCACGUUAAAUGGUAUGUUGAUGGCAAAGAUUAUUUCUACGCCAUUUCUGAGGCGCUCUUAUCGGCUAAAAAAGAAAUCUUCAUUGGAGACUGGUGGCUUUCCCCUGAAUUGUACCUUCGAAGACCACCUUCCAAAAAUGAAAAGUUUCGUCUCGAUAAUCUUUUGAAGAUGAAGGCGGAAGAGGGCGUGAAAAUUUAUGUUGUCAUUUUCAAAGAAAUAUAUCCUGCCACUGGCACUCAGAAUUCCAAACACAGCAAGUCGGUGCUGAAAAAUUUACAUCCGAACAUUCUGGUUCAAAGGCAUCCAGACUUUAUUGCUGAAGUAGAAACACACUAUAUGUGGACGCAUCAUGAGAAAAUGGUUGCCAUCGACAGACGCAUAGCUUUCAUAGGUGGCUUGGAUCUCUGUUUCGGGCGUUACGAUACUCACAGUCAUCAACUCGCAGAUUACGCGGCAAUUUCAGAUAACGUGGAAAUCUGGCCUGGACAGGAUUAUUCCAAUCCCAGAAUUUGUGAUUUUGCCCACGUCGACCAAUGGAUGAAAACUCUCGUUGAUAGGAAAGAGGUCGCCCGUAUGCCAUGGCACGAUGUGGCAAUAGGCUUUGUUGGUAAACCCGCCCUUGACGUGGCGCGUCAUUUUAUCGAGCGUUGGAACUUUGUCAAAAAGGAAAAGGCCGAGAACAAGCCAGAAUAUCCUGUACUUAUUGCCAAGUCUGAUGCUCAAUAUGCGCGUGAGCACCAAAUAGAGUACCCAACGGGUUUUGAAAAUUACGAAUACUUUGGUAAAACACACAGCCUGCAUCCAGAACAAGGAACAGCAAAAGUUCAAAUUCUUAGAAGCAGCAGUAAAUGGAGUCACGGUAUUGAAACUGAGCACUCGAUUAUGAAUGCUUAUAUUCAAUUGAUCAGAGAAGCGAAACAUUUUAUUUAUAUCGAAAAUCAAUUUUUCUGCACUGCGACGAAGCCUAAAAGCCGUCAUUUUGUGAAAAAUCUUCUUGGCAAGGAACUUGUUGAGCGUAUUAAAAUUGCUCAUCAGAAAAAGGAAAAAUUUAGAGUAAUCGUCAAUAUGCCGUUAUUGCCAAGUUUUCCGGAUGAGAUUAACAAUAUCAAGGCUAUCUCUCUUCGACUUGUUUGCCAAGCUCAGUAUUUAUCAAUCAGCCGAGGUGGCGAAUCUAUUUUUGAUGAACUUAAGAAGGUUGGCAUCAAUCCCGAGGAUUACAUUCAAUUCUUUGCUCUUCGUUCGUACGAUAAGUUCACUGGACAAGCUGUAGAGAAAGCCAUCCACACCAUCAUGAACGGGGAGGGUGCUAGCGGUUUGACUACUGCUACCGAACAGGCUUUCCCACAUGGCAUUGUUGAUCAUGAUGCUACACAUGUUUAUGUAACCGAGGAGCUCUACAUACACACAAAAGUCAUGAUUGUAGACGAUCGUUAUGUCAUAUGCGGAUCAGCCAACUUCAACGACAGAUCACAACUUGGUGAUCACGAUUCCGAGAUUGCUGCUCUCAUUGAAGAUACCGCCAUUGUAAAAACGCGUAUGGCCGGGCAAGACUGGGAAGCAAGAAAAUUUGCGUAUUCGCUUCGUAAUUUCCUUUUCAAAGAACACCUUGGCCUGCUUGGUGACCAAAUUCAUCACGAAUCUACUUCCGGCAAUUGCCACCCACCACCAUUGCCUCUGGAUCCCAAAUCUUUUGAAGUCGAUGAACGACUGAAAGAUCCUGUGAGCGAUGAAUUCUACAAAGCUAUCUGGUUGGAGACGGCUAGGACAAAUACUGAGGCAUUCCGCGAUGUUUUUCAUUGCUAUCCUGACAAUACUGUCAAGAGCUGGAAGGAAUUCGAGGCGUUUAUCCCCGGUAAAAAGGUUAAGGCUGGUCAUGUUCAUGAUCCUAGCCGAUCAGUCGAAGAAGUUGAAGCCAUUCUCAACAAGAUUAAGGGUCACUUGGUUAUUUUCCCAACACAAUUCUUGGAGAAGGUGGAGCUGCAUGGGUUGGACCAAGUUAUUGAUGAUCUCGUGCUUAUGAAGGCAGCUAUCUAA